UAAGAAAUUGUGAGUAAAAUUUGUGAAGAAAAUGGCCGGAAUCGACGUGAUAUCUUCGUCUGUAGUUAAAAUGGCAAACGAUGCUUCUUCCUCCAUUUCAAGAAUGGAGCUCUCUCCUUUCGAUCUACGCUUACUCUUACUCGAUCCAAUUCAGAGAGGCGUUCUCUUCCGCAAACCCAAAUCCCCCAAAAUCGACAUCAAUCUCCUCAAAACCUCCCUCUCCCGAACCCUAGACUUCUUCCCUCCCCUCGCCGGCCGCCUCGCCGCCACCGCCCACUCCGACGGCACCACCACCUUCUUCACCGACUGCAACAACGCCGGCGUCGAGUUCACCCACGCCGUCGCCGCCGACGUCACCGUCUCCGACAUCAUAACCCCGAGGUACAUUCCCGACGUCGUCGCUUCUCUCUUCACCCUCAACGGGGUCCGAAACUACAAGGGCGUCUCGAACCCCUUGAUCGGCGUCCAGGUCACCGAGCUCGCCGACGGCGUCUUCGUCGCCUGCACCGCCAACCACGGCGUCAUCGACGGCGUCUCCUUCUGGCAUUUCCUCAACUCGUGGUCGGAGAUCGCCCGCGGCUGCGAUUCCGUAGCAAAGCUCCCCGUCUUCCAGCGAUUGAUUCACCCCGACGCCGUUCUGCGCCUCCCUCCGCUGCCGAGGAAGGCCAGCUUCGCCCCGCCCCCGCUGCUGGCGCGGGUCUUCCACUUCAGCAAAGAGAGCGUGGCGAAACUGAAGGCGAAGGCCAACGCCGAGGCCGGCGCCAACGGGAGAAUAUCCUCUCUACAAGCACUCUCCGCUCAUUUGUGGCGGAGCUCUAUGCUCUCCCGCCGCCGCCACAUUACAACAAAAAAAACCUGCCAAGGCUCUGGUGGAGGUGGAGAAGCUGGCUUUAUGAUGAGCGUGAGCGCGAGAGCGAGAUUCCCUCUGCCGGAUGGGUAUUUCGGGAAUGCAGCUUACGGUGCGAGAACCGCCGUUAGUGAGGCGGAGCUGUUGCACAAGGGAUUAGGGCACACGGCGUUGAGGAUAAACGAGUUUGUUGCGGGUCAGACAAAGGAGUCUCUAGAGAAAUUUGUGAGGGAUUGGAGUGAAAACCCUAAAUUUCAUGGGAAAGAGGGGUAUUCAUUUUUCAUCUCGAGUUCGCCUCGCCACAAUGUGUAUGGGAUUGAUUUUGGAUGGGGGAAACCGAUCGCUGUGAGACGGGGAAACAGUCAGAAGGUUGACGGGAUGGUCACCGUUUAUCCGGCCCCACAAGCCGGCGGCAUCGAUGCAGAAGUAUUCCUGGCUCCGGAGGUCAUGGAGGGCAUGGAAGCCGACCACGAGUUCAUGGAGGCUUUUCUUGCAUAAUGUGUUCUAUUUUCAAUAAUAAGGGGUUAUUCUUGUUUCUGGCUUUGAUCAAUAAUUAUGGUAAGGCAUGUAAAGGAGGGGGAGUGGAGUGUC